UAUAAAGAUGUUAACGCCGGGGUUUGGUCAGUUACGUUAGUGUGUUCCCAACAGCAUGAGGAUGAAGAUAGUGUGUGUUCUGAGUCUGAUAGUCUCUGUAGUAACUGCUGACUUUGGUUUCAAUCAUGAUCAUGCUCAUGGUCAGAAUGGAGUUAUUCAGCAGUUCCGUUCUGGACGACAAGAGCAGAGCACACCUGGUGGCGUUGACUUCAGUGGUUGUGUCACAGAUAACGAGUCUGGACUUUGCUGUGUUGAUAAGGUUGAGGAGGUCACUUCACUAGAGAAGGAACCAAUCCUUGAGUGUACACACAAGAAUGUGGAACAGUGCCACUACACCUACAUCACACAGUUCACACCAACCCAGGAGGAAGUAUGCGAAGAAAACUUUGAAAAGCAGUGUCAAAUCACGUUCAAGCAACAGGCUUUCAACGAGACCGUCAAGAAAUGUUACAAGCCAAUCACCAAGGUCUGUAACGGUCAAGGACCUGAAGAAUGUCGAACUGUUUAUGAGUCCUCCUGUGCCACUAAAUAUAUUGAGAAGCAGCCUGGUAAGUUUGUUGGUGACACAAGUUGUGAAAAGCUACCCGUUGAGAUCUGUGGAGCUGGAUGCACAUAUGAAGAGGGAGCUGAGGAAUGUCAUGAUAAAACUAUCGCUUCUCUUGUUGAAGUUCCUGAAGAGGUAUGUGAUCUGAAUCCCCAGAAAACCUGCCGGUUUACCACAAAGCUUGUCCCUAAACUGAUGCCUGAACACCAGUGCACUAUUGUUCCCAAGGAGACAUGUAACCUGAAGUUUAGUCAGCCUAAGCAGGUUCCUAAACCCCUACUCACUAGAUGGUGUUUAGAUCCUACUGCUCCAACUUCUGGUCAGAGUUAUGACGAGGAUAGUGCACUAGGAGCUCCUAUCAGUGUCUUCAACUAAACCCGACUGUACAACCGGCUAUUUAUAUAUUUAUUAAUUUAUUUAUUGAAUACAACUUAUCUGAACUUAUAA